AUGGUCCUCCAUAACCCUAAUAACUGGCAUUGGGUCAACAAGGAUGUUUCACCGUGGGCCAAGGAGUACCUCGAGACCACGCUCUUGAAGCUCCAGGCUGAGGAUGGCGGUGUCACAGCGAAGAUCAGCAAGCUCGUGAGCAUGGACGGCGAUGUGGACGUCAGCCAAAGGAAGGGCAAAGUUAUUACCAUUUUCGACGUGAAGCUCGUGCUUGAGUACUCUGGCUCUACUCCCGAUGAGGCUGACGUUUCGGGUACCAUUACGGUCCCUGAGGUCGCCCAUGACACCGAGGAAGACGAGUACGUGUUCGACGUCGACAUUUUCGCCGAGUCCAAGGACAAGCAGCCUGUAAAGGACUUGGUUCGCUCCAAGCUUGUCCCUCAGCUUCGAUCUGAGUUCUCUAAGCUCUCUUCAGCCCUCAUUGCUGAGCAUGGCAAGGAUAUCCAGCACGCGCCUGGGUCCAACCCAUCCAGCGGCUUCUCCACCCCCAAGGUGCAUGCGCCUGCAAGCGCUUCCAAGUCUGCAGCCCAGUCCUCCACUCAGGCCAACAAUGGAGGCGUCGUGAACACUGUUACCCUGAAUGAGACAACUGAGUUUCGUACCUCUGCCGACCAGCUGUACGAGACCUUCACUGAUCCCGGUCGUAUUGCUGCCUUUACCCGUGCGCCGCCUAAGGUGUUUGAGGGUGCCAAGAAGGGCGGCAAGUUCGAGCUCUUUGAUGGCAAUGUCUCGGGCGAGUACCUGGAGCUGGAGUCCCCCAAGAGGAUCGUGCAGAGCUGGCGUCUCAAGCAGUGGCCCGCUGGCCACUUCUCCAAGCUGAACAUUGAGUUCGACCAGAACGACAUUGACCACGUUACCUUGAUGCGCGUGUCCUGGACCGGCGUUCCUGUUGGCCAGGAGGACGUCACCAAGCGCAACUGGGAGGAGUACUAUGUGAACAGCAUCAAGCGCACCUUCGGCUUUGGAACCAUUCUGUAA